AUGUGGAAGAAGCUGAACAAUCCCAAGGGCGCACGGCAACCGUCCCACCCUCAGCCGAAGAUCGAUGAACAACCAUAUAGUCCACCAUAUGGACUAGGAGUCGAGGUGCAUUCUCCAGAGUCUCCUCUCCACGGAAAUAUGCCACCUCCGCGCGAAACGAGAGGCGAGAUGUCGCCAAAGAACCUUCCCCAGCUACCAUUCGAGCUUGCCCCUCCAUCUCCUCCUGAGCAUCGAAAUUCAAAAUUUAGACCAGCCUCCUCAAUCUAUUCGCAACCGUCCCCAAAUCCAAUCGUCACACGUUUCCCAGGAACGUCAUACGUAACUACGUCAACAGCAUAUACAGAUGAGGUCUCUCCCCCAAGCUCACCAGAUUUUGGUGUAAUACAUAGAAGCCAAAACCAGCCGGUUGACGAGGAAGUGUCUCCAAUCGACGAAAUGCCAGAUAUUUCACGGCUUGGAGUAGGCCGACCCCCUAGCCAACCAAGUUCGAAUCCCAAGCCAACAUCAAGCAACAUUCCUGUUCUUCGAAGAGAAAAGCGACGCAACCAAGCUGUAGCGGCUGUGUCAAACUUGGUACCUCGAAAGCAGUCAGGGCUGACAAGUAGGCCAACCAAGGAUCCGAGUUGGGACCCUUAUUCAGGGGAACCGACAACUAGCGGGAAGGGAAAGAAGCAAUCCACGAAGCCAGGCGAAUUCGGCCCCCCCUCUCUUCGUUCGGCGCAGGACCCAUCUUUUUUGGGAAACGAAGCACACGUCAGCGCCACUCCGAUGAAGAACGCAUCUUUUGGUGAUCGGGUUCGAAAAUUGAGGUCGGGUAAUCCACCAGAAGAGAAACCACAGUGGAGGGGGGCAAGUGGCCGUGUGACGUUAGUUCCCCCUGCAGAGGAUCGAUUGGACCUCCCACCUUUAAGCAUGCCCCCAAAGAGUACCCAACCGACUCCACCUCCACGGAGUGAUAGUAUCCCCUCAGCGCGCGUAGACCCUAUCAUCAGGCCCGUACGUUCAGAUAGCCCUUCAAGUGCACCGCACACUGGAACCCAACCCCAUAGAAAUGUGCCAACCGACACUCAGCAACGAGUCGAGACAAUUAGUCCGGAGGAAAAAAGGUUCCGUGAACAAUACAAGGUUCAGAAUUUCAUAAACGCCCCUCCUGAGCCUUACGUUCAACCACCGUCGCGCUUCAGCGUAUCGACUGCUGCGCCCUCUGAAGCACGCACCACCCCUCGUCCAUCGACUGAUACCUUCGACCCACCAUUAGAGCCGCCACCCCCAAUGCCUACUCCACCAUCUUCUCUUCUCGAUCGUACCCGACCAAAGGUUGGCCGCGGUCCAAGGGAAGGAGUUUCACGCAAGCCAUUGAAUACAUCGUCGCCAGUAGUUGUUAGUAUAUCCAAUAGCAAUGCCUCUAAACGUGCCUCGAAUGUCGGCAAGACGCUCCCCGUCACUCCGGCUGAACAAGAAUCUCACGAUCUUAUCACAUCGCUACAAGCUCAACUCGAUGACCUUACUCAUAGGAGGAAAAAUAUAUCGAUGAGUAUCCGCCAAAUGACGGAGUUAAUGCCAACAGAUAGUGUCACCCUGACAGCUGAGGUUAGGACAAAACGGGAAGAGGAGAAGAGGAAAGUUGAGGGCCUGAGGGAGGAGGAGGCUGAUGUGCGGCGGCAGGAACAUGAAAUUGGGCUGCGGCUGCAUCGGGCAUGGAAGCGGAAAGACAAAGAGGCAACAUAUGAGCCAACUGGGCUAUGGGUGAGGAGGGUCACGGGUUGA